AGCGUUAAGAGCUCACUGGCUCACAACAACGUAUAAUUCACCGCUCUUUGGAUUAUAACAAGAAAUCUCAACAUGUGCCGUGGACUGGAUUCACUGCCCAUCACCUGCCUUGAAAGGGCAAAAGAGCUUAAGGCGCUGUUUGGAAGUUUCUUGCAGAAGUCAGACCACUGCGUAACAGGGCAGUGCAAGAAGAGUGACAAAGUGAGAUUGAACAUUGAUGAGCCCCUAAAGUGGAAGGAGUCUUUUGACAAACUGUUGUGCAGCGAAAAUGGUCUCUGCCUAUACAGGGCUUUCCUUGUUUCUGAAUUCAGCGAGGAAAAUAUUGCUUUCUACUUGGCAUGUGAAGACUACAAGAACUUCAAACCCUCCAAAAUGGCGGUAAAAGCCAAGAAAAUCUAUGACGAAUUCAUCGGCUCUAAUGCACCAAGAGAGGUUAAUCUGGACCACACCACCAAAGCCAUCACCAAAGCAAAUAUGGAAAACCCCACUGCAUCCACUUUUGACCUGGCCCAAGCCAAAAUCUACACUCUGAUGGAGAAGGACUGCUAUCCCCGCUUCCUCAAAUCCUCAACAUAUUUGGAGCUUAGCAGAAAGGCCAAGACAGGCUGAACAAGAUGUGAACAAGGACUGUCCACUGGAAAAGACAAGUUUCCCAAAAAAUGGAAACGAGACGCACAGCUGAGACUACGGGUGCUCAGACAGGACAAAUACCUCAGUCGCAGUGGCAUGCUGGGAAAUAGAGUUCUCAGGAGUUUGGUGAAGAGUAGUGUUCAGGCUUUAAGCGAAAAACGCUCGCCAAGUAGGGACUAAUGGAAAUGGUCUAUUAGAAGUCGCACAGACUAAAAAUGGAUGUACUGUACAUACCUGAGUGGCAUGUGUCUCACUAUAGACACUUUAAUUUAUUUCAAAAAUGUAUUUAUUAUUUAUUUAUUGUGUUAAUGCUUUAUGAAAAAGUACUGUAUUUUUACCAUGG